AUGCGGUUGGCCUACUGGAUCUCUUCCCCGGACGAUGAUACUUUAGUGGGCGAACUUUCGUUACUCACACUCAGCGAUAUCAAUACCCUCCAAGACUUUAUGUCUGCCGAAGUCAAUGGUGAGCAUAAUGACUCCCAUAUGCUGGUAGAGCAUCUCAUUCAGGUGCUUUGCAAACUACCUCAAACCUCACCGCGUCGGAAGCAACUCACUGAUACCUUCAUUCGCACCAUUUGGAAUGGGCUGCCGCACCCUCCCCCGAGAACUUUCACCUAUUUGUCUUCUUACAGAGAGCCUACCUUGGAUAUCCGGUCGUCCUAUGGAGUAGGGUCGGCGGGCUCGCAGUACUCGCGGAUGGUACCUGUCGGUAUACGCCAGGGGGGGUUACCUGACCCAGGUCUCAUCUUUGACCUCCUCAUGGCCAGGGACGGAAGGAAAAGAGACCACCCGAGUAAAAUCUCUAGCAUGCUCCUUUACUUGGCCUUCAUCAUCAAAGACGACCUCUUUCAGACUAAACCGCAAGAUCCAAAUGUCAACAUGACGUCUUCAUACCUCGACCUAUCGCCCUUAUAUGGAAGAAACGCCACUGAGCAAAUAGCCAUGAGACAGUUCAAAGAAGGUCUCUUGAAAUUAGACUGCUUCUCAUCUAAAGAGGUGUUGUUACUUCCACCAGGCGUUGGUGUGUUUCUGGUCAUGUUCAAUCGGUUUCACAAUUACGUUGCCACGCAGCUAGCCGCCAUCAACGAAACAGGUCGCUUUACUGCCAAACCCGCAUUAAAUAAUGCCCUAGAUCCGACUGCUGCCGAAGUAAAACGGGACGAAGACCUGUUUCAGACAGCUCGACUUAUCACCUGCGGACUCUACGUGAACAUUAUUCUCAAAGACUACAUCCGCACCUCCUUGAACCUCAAUAGCACCGACUCAUCCUGGGCGCCUGAUCCUCGCAUAAGGGAGAAUAAGAACCUGUUCAGCCCACCCAUACCGCACAGCACUGGCAAUAAUGUUAGCCUGGAGUCCAGCCUCAUCCACCAUUGGCACAGCUGCCUCUCAAAUCGAAAUGCGAAGUGGAUAACUGGAACACUGAGAGGUCUGCUGAAUGGCAUACAUCCAGCAGAUGCUAGUAUUGACGAAACUGUGGAUGCGAUGCGUUCUUUCAGUGCAAACAUAACCGAUGCGCCCGAAAAACGGACGUUCGGGACUUUCAAAAGACUACCUGAUGGCAAAUUUUCAGACGAUGGGCUCGUGGAGGAACUUAAUUCCUCGAUCGAAGAUGUAGCGGGCGCAUUCGGUGCAAAUCGAGUCCCCUCCUCCCUUCGCGCUACGGAGAUCCUCGGAAUCAUGCAGGCUCGCCAGUGGCACGUCGCAACACUGAACGAGUACCGGGCCUUCGUUGGCUUGAGUCAGCAUGAGACGUUCGAGGACAUUAACCCUGAUCCAAAGGUGGCUGAUAACCUUCGUGCAUUGUACCGCCAUCCAGAUCAGGUGGAGUUGUAUCCCGGCGUGGUGGUUGAGAAGACCAAACCUGUCAUGGCCCCGGGGAGUGGACUGUCUGCUGGGUUUACAGCCAGUCGAGCCAUACUGUGUGAUGUGGUUUCCUUAGUCAGAGGGGAUGGGUUUUAUAUGGAUGGUUGGAAUCAUGCUAAUGUGACAAGCUGGGGGUUCAAUGAAGUCACUUCUGACGACGAAGUAAACCACGGGUGCGUUAUGCACAAACUAAUUCUCCGGGCAUUCCCGAAACAUUUCGAACCAAACAGUAUUUAUGCACAUUUUCCCUUCGUGGUUCCAGAGGAGAACCGCAAUAUUCUCGCCCAACUUGACAAGGAUGUCAAUUACUCCUUCAACCCCCCGAAACGACAGCCAGAGACAGUCGUGGUCAACUCAGCCCCAAAGGCUCAGGGGCUUCUGACAACGGCGAUU